AUGGCUGUUGUGAUGAACCAUGGAGGUAACGAGCCACCACAUCCGUUCCAUGGAGGUUUUGGUGAUCACCUGAUCAAUGCGGUGCCUCCAAAAAGAAGAGGCAUGACAACGUGGUUUGAUUUUGGAGCGAUUUCAAAUGAUCCAAUGGCUUCAGUUUAUUGGGCGUCACAGAACAAUCGGAUGUGUGCGCGGUAUAGAGGCCGCAAAAAUAUUGCAAAAACUCGUUUUACUGGUUUUAAAGGGGAUGUGGAGGCAGCAAGGGCUCAAGCCCCUCAGGGUAUGGAUCCACAACGUUGGAGUGAUGUUAUUGACCAUUUCUUAACAAAAAAGCAUCAAGAACGAUCCGCUGGAAACAAAGAAUGCCGAAAGAAGCAAGUAGUUAAGAAUCGUGGAGGGACCUGCGGCUACGGUAGUGCUUGUUUUAAGAACGCAAGUUACAAUAAUUCUUAUUCAGUUAUAACAUAUUUUUUAAUGUUUAUUUAA